GAAAAAACGAGUUUGAAUUGGUUGUUUUGAGUCUGAACAUUCUUACCGGGAGAAAACAAAAACAUCAACGUGCUGAAAUCACGUCCAGAUAUUUCACCACCACGUCCAUGUCGUACAACUCCUUCUCCACCAAUUCAUCUUCUUCUCAGUUCAUUUCGUCCAGAGCAAACCAGAUCAAUACUCGAUUCAUGGAUCCCAAAACCCUAAUUCGGCACAACGAAUACCUCAAAACAAUCCCAAUAAACCCUAAAUUCAACCCAUUACCGACAUUUUUGUCACCUACGCAAUGCCGCUACAGCUCGCGCAUUCAGUUGGGUCUUAGAUCGUCUCAUUAUCCAUUAUUUGGAAAAACUCGGUACGCGAACCGGUUUCUUACUCAUGCUAACGCUAGCAGACGCGUUUCGGAUGAAGGAGAUGAGUCAGGGUAUAGGAACGGCCGGAGUUUUGCCGCAGUUUCGUCUUUUGGUGAUAGUGGAGAAGACGAAGAAGAAAUUUCGAGUAAGACGUCGGUGAUAGAGAAGGAUUUGGCGGUGAAUGAGAGUAUUUGGGAUCAAUUGGUGGAGAUUCUCAAGUUUUCGGGGCCAGCUGCAGGGCUCUGGUUGUGUGGACCGUUGAUGAGUCUGAUUGAUACUGCUGUGAUCGGUCAGUCGAGUUCCGUUGAACUCGCUGCUUUAGGGCCAGGUACAGUGCUCUGUGAUUAUAUGAGUUACGGAUUCAUGUUUCUUUCUGUAGCCACCUCAAAUAUGGUGGCCACUUCACUUGCUAAACAGGAUAAAUCGGAAGUGCAGCAUCAGAUAUCAACUUUGCUUUUUGUUGGAUUGACAUGUGGUAUACUGAUGCUUUUCUUUACAAGAUUCCGUGGAGAAUGGGCACUUAGUGCUUUUUCUGGAGCCAAGAACGCACAUAUGUUAUCAGCAGCAAACACAUACGUACAGAUUCGAGGCUUAGCAUGGCCUGCAGUUCUUGUUGGGUGGGUUGCUCAGAGUGCAAGUCUUGGCAUGAAAGAUUCAUGGGGACCUUUAAAAGCUCUAGCAGUUGCAAGUGUCAUCAAUGGUGUUGGUGAUGUAAUCCUCUGCUUAUACUUAGGCUAUGGUAUUGCUGGAGCAGCAUGGGCAACAAUGGUCUCACAGGUUGUUGCAGGAUUUAUGAUGAUUGAAGCUCUGAAAGACAAAGGGUUUAAUGGGUAUGCCAUUACUGUCCCUUCAUCUACUGAACUCCUACAAAUAUUCAAACUUGCUGCUCCUGUUUUUAUAAUGAUGAUGUCAAAGGUCGCAUUUUAUUCUUUACUUGUCUACUUUGCUACAUCAAUGGGAACACAAACUGUUGCUGCACAUCAGGUCCUUGUCCAAGUUUACUGCAUGUUUGCAGUAGGGGGUGAGCCUCUUUCACAAACUGCACAAUCGUUUAUGCCAGAGCUUAUUUAUGGCGCUAAAAGAAGUCUCUCAAAGGCACGAAUGCUGUUGAAGUCAUUGGUGAUUAUUGGUGCAUCAUGUGGAUUAAUAUUAGGUGCUGCUGGAACAAUUGUUCCCUGGUUAUUCCCCCAGAUUUUUUCACCUGAUCCUCAUGUCAUAAAGGAGAUGCACAAAGUUCUACUUCCAUACUUCAUUGCUUUGUCUGUGACAACAAGUACUCAUAGCCUUGAAGGAACAUUGUUGGCUGGACGCGAUUUGAGAUUUAUUAGUUUUUCAAUGAGCACUAUAUUUUGUCUGGGUGCUCUUCUUCUCAUGUUUUUAAGCAAUUCAGGAUAUGGUUUGCCUGGAUGCUGGUGGACAUUAGCAUUGUUCCAAUGGUCUCGAUUCACUAUUGCUCUCCUACGACUUGUCUCCCCAAAUGGGAUUCUAUACUCUGAGGACAUGAGUCGUUAUGAACUUGGGAAUCGCCGAGUCUUCCUUCAACAUCUUCAGGUUUAUUUCUUUGAGAGUUAG